CUUCCCCCUAUUUUUGAACCAUUCUUCAUAAGUCAUAUCCAACGAUCCAACGUGUGUGAACGCCGAAAAAAAAAUUCUGCAUCUACCGUAAACAAAUUCACAGAGCGUUAAUCAAGCAAUCAUGUGGAAGUUAGCCAUUAUUUUGGCUGCUGUGGCAGUGAGCUACGGACAAGCUAAACUGGUGAACACAUAUGUUCUGUAUACGAAAGCUACGCAGAACAUGCCGCAGACAAUAGAUGUUGCGGAAGACAACUUGCCAGCUGCUUUUAUGUCGGGCCUCAAUACUAUUAUAUUGGUCCACGGGCAUGGUGGAAGCGUAAAUUCUCAACUAAAUCCACUCGUCAAAGAUGCAAUUCUGAAGUAUCAAGACCCCUCUUUGAACGUCAUUGUAGUUGACUGGUCGAGAGAAGCCAGCUACAGUUAUUCAGUCGCAGUAGAAAGUGUACCUCUAGUGGCUAAGGAUUUGGGCGAUUUCAUCAUAAAGUACUUAGCGACAACGGCCGACUUGGAAAAAUUGCAUUUAGUAGGGUUUGGUCUUGGAGCUCAUGUGGUCGGCAUUGCCGGUAGACAGGUGGCUGCAGUGGCGCCUCGACUGGUUGCCAGGAUCACAGGAUUGGAUCCAUCAGGCAGUCAAUGGGGAGCCAACUCCGCCCGUCUGAGGAGAACUGAUGCUGCUUACGUCGAAGUAAUUCACACUGAUGGCUCAGGACUGUUCUCUCAUGGCAUUGGCACUGCCCUUGGAGAUAUAGACAUCUACGCAAAUGGCGGCAGCAAUCAACCAGGCUGCUUGACCAAUACCUGUAGCCACGAACGUGCCUAUGAGCUGUUUGCAGCUUCAAUGUUCAAUACUAAUUUGAAGGCAGCCCCGUGCUCCUCAAGUACCCAGUUGAACCUCAACUUGUGUAGAGGAAACCCAUUAGAAAUUGGCGGCGUUCGGUUAACCAAGACUGGAUCAUCAAGGAUCUACAGGAUCAACACUAAAAGGAAUUAUCCAUUCUAAACAUGUAUUAUUGUUUGCAAAAAUAAAUUGAGUUAUCCUUCAUAAUAA